CCGUUUUGGCUCAGGCCGUUUUUACCCAGCACCUCGACAGACCGACUCCUCCCCCCCACCCCAGAGCAGAUGGCCGUGUGCGCGGACCCCCCGCCGCCGCGCGGCGCCACCUGGGCCGCGGAGGGGUGCGCGGACGCCCCCCCGAUGCUCGGGGCGCAGCAGCCAGGACCCCGGCGCAAGAGCGUCACUUUCGACACGGCUCCGGAGUGCUUCGCCCCGUGCGCCGCCACCACCCGCGCCGAGGGGGAGCUCGCCCAGGAGUCUGACAGUGACGUGAGCAUGGUCUCUUCGGUGGCGAGCAGAGUCCAGCUGGGAGCUCCGGAGGACUUUCAAGACAGCGCGGCAUCGACUACGUCUAGCAUGUGUGGCGACUCCGAUGUGCACGUUGGCUCGGAGCAACUGGAGGACGCUGUUGAAUUGGCAGAGAUCGAGGCAUUCGCUGACGACCAGGCCCAGCGGUUCAUACCCUUGAUAGACAAGCGGCAUGCGCGCCGGACGGCCACAACGAGCGUGGGCCGCACGAAGCAGGUAAGCAGCAUCAAUUUCCAGAUGAAGACUUCCGCCCUGUGGCAGCGCAGGGCAGUGACUGAGAGUGGCCCGGAUGCCCCCAGCCGUGUGCAUUGCGCGGUUCGGGGGGCUGCCAGGUGA